UCCCUCUGUUAAUCACUGAACAGCCCAGCUCUGUGUUGAACACUGCAGCCUACCUGCCGUCAGUGUGGGACUUACCUCAGUCUGCUCUGCAAUAUGGACCGAGGACAACGCUGAAGGGCAGCAUCCAUGCUUUCAGAACUUUCUCGGGAAUAUUUUCCGUUACUUGGAUUCUCGCCUCCUCCGGUUGUAGGUUUAAAAACUGGAGUUUUGAUAACAGCGUGAACUUCGCUGAGGUUCGCACCAAUAUUGGAUCUCGGGAAUACGUCAGAGAAAACUGCGAGUGUUGAGUUGAAGGCAGAGGAUGGGGAGCAGGGGGCACUACCGGUAUCACUGGCAGAGCCACAAUGUCAAACACAGCGGAGUGGAUGACAUGGUGCUGCUCAGCAAGAUCAGCGAGGACGCCAUCGUGGACAACCUCAAGAAGAGAUACAUGGAUGACUACAUCUUUACAUAUAUUGGGCCUGUGCUCAUCUCCGUCAACCCUUUCAAACAGAUGCCAUACUUUGGGGAAAAAGAAGUCGAGAUGUAUCAGGGCGCGGCUCAGUAUGAGAACCCUCCUCACAUCUAUGCUUUGGCAGACAACAUGUACAGAAACAUGAUGAUUGACGUUGAGAACCAGUGUGUCAUCAUCAGUGGAGAGAGCGGAGCAGGAAAGACUGUCGCAGCCAAAUAUAUCAUGGGCUACAUCUCAAGAGUGUCAGGGGGCGGACCCAAAGUACAGCACGUCAAAGACAUUAUCCUGCAGUCCAACCCUCUGCUGGAGGCCUUCGGCAAUGCCAAGACUGUGAGGAACAACAACUCCAGCAGAUUUGGAAAAUACUUUGAGAUCCAGUUCAGCUCCGGGGGCGAACCAGACGGAGGGAAAAUCUCCAACUUCCUCCUGGAGAAGUCUCGUGUCGUCAUGAGGAAUCCUGGAGAGAGGAGUUUCCAUAUAUUCUACCAGUUGAUAGAAGGAGCCAGCGCAGAGCAGAAGAACAGUUUGGGAAUCACUAGCCUGGAUUACUACACUUACCUCAAUCAGUCUGGUUCCUACAAAGUGGACGACAUCAACGACAAGAGCGACUUCCAGGAGACAAUGCAUGCGAUGGAUGUGAUUGGCAUCUCAGCAGAGGAUCGCUCCAUGGUGCUUCAGAUUGUGGCUGGAGUCCUGCACCUGGGAAAUAUUACUUUCAAGGAAGCAGGCAACUACGCUGCUGUGGAGAGUGAAGAGUUUCUAGCCUUUCCUGCAUUUCUGCUUGGGAUCGACCAAAAUCGUCUGAAGGAGAAAAUUACAAGCAGGAAGAUGGACAGUAAGUGGGGAAAUGCAGUGGAGUCCAUCGACGUGACACUGAACGUGGAGCAGGCGUGUUAUACACGUGACGCGCUCUCUAAAGCACUGCAUUCACGGGUGUUUGACUACCUGGUUGAGUCCAUCAACAAAGCUGUGGUGAAAGAUCAUCAGGAGUUUAAUAUCGGUGUGUUGGACAUUUAUGGAUUUGAAAUUUUCCAAAAAAAUGGAUUUGAACAGUUCUGCAUCAACUUCGUGAAUGAGAAACUGCAGCAGAUAUUCAUUGAGCUGACUCUAAAGGCGGAGCAGGAGGAGUAUGUGCAGGAGGGCAUAAAGUGGACUCAGAUCGAUUACUUCAACAACAAGAUCGUUUGUGAUCUCAUCGAGAGCAAAAGUCCUCCUGGCAUCAUGUGCAUCCUGGACGAUGUAUGUGCCACCAUGCACGCAGUCGGGGAGGGAGCCGACCAGACCAUGCUGCAGAAGCUCCGUGUCCAGAUCAACACCCACGAGCACUUCAACAGCUGGAACCAAGGCUUCAUCAUCCACCACUAUGCUGGCAAGGUCUCCUACGAUGCUGAUGGUUUCUGCGAGAGGAACCGAGACGUCCUUUUUACUGACCUCAUUGAGUUGAUGCAGAGCAGUGAAAUCGCCUUCAUCAGAGCACUGUUUCCAGAAAACCUCAACGCUGACAAGAAAGGUCGUCCCACAACUGCAGGCAGCAAAAUAAAGAAACAAGCCAAUGAUCUGGUGAGCACGCUGAUGAAAUGUACUCCGCACUACAUCCGCUGUAUCAAACCAAAUGAAACCAAGAAACCCAGAGACUGGGAGGAGAGCCGAGUAAAGCACCAAGUGGAGUACCUGGGUCUGAAGGAGAACAUAAGGGUGAGGCGUGCUGGCUACGCCUACCGCAGAGUCUUCAGGAAGUUCCUCAACAGGUAUGCCAUCCUGACCAAAGAGUCCUGGCCAACGUGGCGAGGAGACGAGAAGCAAGGCGUUGUUCAUCUCUUACGGUCUGUCAACAUGGACCAGGAUCAGUUCCAGCUAGGUAGCACCAAGAUCUUCAUCAAAGCCCCUGAGUCGCUCUUUCUGCUGGAAGAAACCAGGGAGCGAAAGUUUGACGGCUACGCAAGGACCAUCCAAAAAGCCUGGAGAAAAUACAUGGCUCGCAAGAAGUAUGUCCAGAUGAGGGAAGAAGCUUCUGACCUGCUGUUAAACCGUAAGGAGAGGCGGCGACACAGCCUCAACAGAAACUUUGUAGGGGACUACCUGGGGAUGGAUGACCGGCCGGAGCUCCGACAGUUCCUGGCCAAGAGAGAGAAAAUUGACUUCGCAGACAAAGUCACAAAAUAUGACCGCCGCUUCAAGGGGAUUAAGAGGGACUUGAUCCUGACACCGAAGUCUGUGUACCUGAUUGGAAGAGAAAAGUUGAAGGAGGGGCCGCAGAAAGGCCAGGUGACAGAGGUGCUGAAGAGGAGGAUCGAUGUGGAGAAGAUCUUAGCAAUUUCUCUAAGCACAAUGCAAGACGACUUCAUGAUCCUGCACGAGCAGGAGUACGACAGCCUGCUGGACUGUGUCUUUAAGACAGAGUUCAUCAGCCUACUGUCCCGCAGGUUUGAGGAGAAAACCCAGAGGAAGCUACCACUCAAGUUUAGUAACACACUGGAGAUGAAGUUGAAGAAGGAGAACUGGGGCUUCUUGAGCGGCGGCUCCCGGCAGGUAGUGUUUGUCCAGGGUCAGGGAGAAAUGCCCAUACUGAAACCUUCCAGCAAAUCUCUGCAGGUCAGCGUUGGCCCUGGGCUUCCCAAGAACACACGUCCCACCAAGAAGACUUUUUCUCAGGUUCGCUCCAACAUGUCCAGAACUCACCAGAACAUCCCCUCCCGGGCUGCACCAGGACCUCCAGUUGCCCACCAAAAUGGAGGUCUUAAGAACAGCAACCACUUAGCCAAUCGAAAGAACUCGCAGAAUCACAGCCAGAGGCCUCCCUCAGCCAGCAACGGGACACACCCGAUCCUGCCGAGCAACAUCAACCAGGUGAAGGAGCGAGGCGGCAGCCGGCCACAGCCGAACCUGGACUGUCUGAAAGUCCCUGAACAAGGCGCUGCAGGUAACGGAGACAGACGGCCAACUUCAAACGGAGGAAUGGCCCACAGACCAUCAGCCACCAGACCUCCGCCGGGAGGAGGACGACCCAAACCUGCACCAAAACCCAAACCCCAGGUGCCCCAGUGCAAAGCUCUGUAUGCCUAUGACGCUCAGGACACGGACGAGCUCAGCUUCAAUGCUAAUGACGUUAUCGAUGUCAUCAAAGAGGAUUCAUCCGGGUGGUGGUCAGGACGACUACGGGGAAAGCAGGGACUCUUCCCAAACAACUACGUCACAAAGAUCUAAAAGCUGCCAGGUCACAGAUCCAGAAGGAGGAGAGGGAGAGCCGGCUGUGUACCCUGCUGACCCUCUCAGAGGACUAGACAGAGCUCAGGGGCGGAGAGAGAGGUGCUGUGAGAUUUCUCAAGGAGAGAAACUCACACUUUCUCUUAUCGCCGCCUUUUUAGUAAAUGAAUGUAACUCUCUGCCACGCCACAAGACCGUCAGGCUUGAGACAAGGCUCUUCUUCAAAGACAAGAAGACUGUUUGACCCCGGGGUCUGUCCCUCUGAGUACUGAACAAAACUAUUUAUUGUAUUUAUAGCUUUUCUCCUUACUGUCUUUUUUUAUUUUACCUUACUGAGGAUUUUUGAGCUCAAACAUUUUGAAGCGCUGGAAAUGAAAUAUGCUUAAUAUUUGGGACCAGGCUGUGAUUUUUACUCUUAGUGCGUCAUUUUUUUAAGAUGAAAGUUUGAUAUUUAUUUUGGUGUAACAUCUUACAGGGGACAGACUUUCAGUAAAUCACCCCACUGUGAUUUCAUAGUCAUUUUAAGUACCAAAGCAAUACCAAUUUGAAUCAGCCUGUUCCACAUAUUAAAAAAAAAUUCAUGAAUAUGAAUCAGCUGGAAGUUAGCUUUUUUGUUUGUCCUGUUUUCUAUUUCUUCAGUAUAUUUUCUACACAGAGAAGAGGCCAUGUAUACUGUAACCUGAGCAGGCUGUCUGUGGUGUAUUAGCACUUUAUUGGUACAGGUACUACCUUGGACACAGACACCAUCACUCAUUCAUGCCACAGCCAGUAAGGUGCGUCUAUGAAGGACAGGUUGCCAAGCCAGCAAUACCCAGAGUUACUGAGGAGAAUGAUUUGUUUACAUGAAAUUAUAAAACAGGCAUUUUUUUAGAUUUGAUUCUGUAUAUGUGUUCAUAUUUAGGAGUAUGCCUGUAGUUGCUUACAGUUUAAAUUAAGUGUUUUGUAUUUUUUUUUUCUUCUGUAAAAGGAUGUUUCUAUUUUUCUCUGCUUACGUUCCUCACAGGGCUGUAUUAUUUCCACUUCGGCUUCACAUACAUAAUGAUGCUUCUCACAGACGAGGGGGGUGAAUUGAUUUCUGUUUUGUCAAGUGCAAAAGUUGUUGUUGUUUGGUUAAAGAUAUUUGUUGACUUUUUUUUGAUGGAACUGCAAAGGUUUCCUUUUGCUUCUGCACGACUGUUUCUGCACAUCUUUUGCACUGCUGUUGCAUUACUUACACAUUCCUUUGUCAUUUAUGAAAGAAAAACAAAUCCACAUUAUUCUCUAUUCAGUAAAAACAGCUGGGACUUCUGUCAAGAAAUCUUCUAAAAAAUAGUUCAAGCUUGGAUGCUUGACAACAUCCUUGUGCAAUACAACCCAGUGGAUUUUAAUAAAGCAUGUAAGAUGAUGUAUUUAACUGCUUUUAUUUUGUUUUAUUAUCAGAAAACCUAAUCAAUAAACCAUGAUCAAUGCCAUGUUUUUGUGUAUUGCAAUAAACUGUAGACAUGCCAGAAAUUAACCAUCAGAAAUGCAGUUUAGGAUUUUAUGAAUACUGAGAUUAGAAAUUGAAUCAGGCAACUCAAACAGACCAAAUCCCUCUUGAAUAAUCCCCGUUUUAAAAAUGUUGUCAAGCCACUGCAAAACAUCUUCACUAUUUGCCAUUUGAUUGUACUUCUAUUAUGUUUAAGAUGUCUUAAAACAUGAAGUUCUGGGUGUAUAUAAAUCUUUUAGACUCAAGACAAAGGAGUUUUCCUUUUAAUGAACUUCCUCCACUUUGUUCAGGACAUUACUGAAAGUACUACUUAUUAGUGGUAAUUAUCCUUUUUUGGCCUAAAUUGUCUAAGUUAAGACAGUGAGUCGUUGUAAAUAUAUAUUUCAACAGUAAUUAUACUAUGAAAUCUCCAGUUUAUUAAAAAAUAAAGAAAA